AUGAAUACUGGCGAAGAAAUUACGAAUUAUUUAACAAUACUGGAAACUUUUCCCAAUGAAUUAUUUAUGGAAAUUUGUUCCUAUUUAACUUCAAUUGAUAUAAUUAUUGCAUUUUCAAAUUUAAACCAUCGUUUUCAAUCAUUAAUUUCACAAUGUUGUGAAAUAUUUGAUUUAAAUUCCGUUAAUAAAUCAAAAUGUGAUUUUAUAUUUCAAAUUCAUAAUACACAUCAAUGGAAAUCAUUACGAAUAUCUAAUAGUGAUGAAAAACCAUAUUGGAUGAAUCAUAUUAUUGAAAAUUACAUAUUUACGAAUAAUUUUUCUCAAUUACAAUUCUUAACUGUUGGAGAAUUGAAAGAUAAAACUCAAACGUUAUUCUUUUCUAUACUUACAUCAUUAACAAAUUUAAUUUAUUUAUCAAUUGAAUCAUUAUGUGCAAAAGAAAUUCAAUCAUUUGAUUUACCAAAACUUAAAAAACUUGUUUUUAGUUCAUGUUUAUCAAUCGAUUGGAUUCAAAAUUUUUCUCAAAUUGAAACUAUUGAAUAUACAAUCAAUCAUUUUUGUGAAAACAAAGAUCAUUUAUUCUGGCCAUUAACAAUAAAACAUCUUAAAUUUGUUCUAAUGACUCCUGUUGAACAUUCGUUAAUAUAUGAUUCUCUUAUUUCUUUAUCUCAAUUAACAAAUCUUGAAAUAUAUCAACUGCAAUCAGGACAAGUACCAAUGUUUGGUAAUCGAUGGGAACAACUUAUUCAUUCAUCAUGUCCAUUAUUAAGAAUAUUUCGAUUCUAUUUUCUAUUUCGUCCAUUAUCAUUACGAGAUUUGAAACAACUCAUGAAUUCAUAUGCAACACCCUUCUUUCUUAAAGAAAAGAAAUGGUUUGUUAAUUGUCAUCUCUGCGCUUCUGAUAGAGGUCGACUUUAUUCGAAACAAACAAUGUUUUAUACAUUACCAUAUCCAAUGAAAACAUUAACAACUUAUAAAAAUUCAUUGAAAAAAACGAUGUCAACAUUACCUAUCGAUGAUCAUGUUAAUAUCUAUCGAAAUGUUGAAACAUUAAUCUAUGGAAAUUAUCUUCCAAUAAAUAACGAUUUUAAUCGAACGAAAAUAAACAAUUUAGUUAUUGAUACACAAUUUGAAGCGAUACAUUGGUUACAUACAUUAACUAAUUUACAACAGUUACAUAUUGAUAGUUAUGGUUAUAUUUCAAUCGAACAAUUUCGACUUUUAUUAGAUAAUGCAUCUCGGUUGUAUUCGUUAAGUUUAAGAAAGAGUCAAUUGAUUAAAUUAACAGAUGAUUGGAAUGAUUUUCAUAUAUGUAAACAUUUAUCACAAAAGAUUCGUGUUUUAAAAUUUCAAUCCUAUGGAAAUACAUCAGAAUGUUUCAAUGAAUAUGAAAUUGAACGAAUGGUAUCGAUCUUUGGAAAUAAAUGUGAAUGUUUAUCAUUAGGUGUUCAAAUUAAAACACAUACAAUCGAACAUAUUUUAUCACGAAUGUUGAAAUUAAGUUACUUAUUUGUAUUUAUUCCGGGGAAUUUUCAAUCGUCGAUCAAGAAACAGUUACCAAGAUCAAGACCAUUAACAAUGGAAUGGUUAGAAAAACAACAAACUCCAUUUAAUCGUUCGAACUGUAUUUUUUAUGGUGACCUUUAUGGCAAUCAUUUUUUGUUGUAA